AUGGAGAACCAAGCGAUCACGGAGCCGCGAUGCUACGAGGACGUCUGCAAGAGCGGCUACCUGCGCAAGCCGAAAUCCGCGCACCGGCGCUUCUUCGUGCUCCGCGCGCCUUCUGAGCGCGGCCCUGCCCGCCUCGAGUACUACGAGAGCGAGAAGAAAUUCCGGAGCAAGUCGCCGGGGCCCAAGAAGGUUGUCGACCUGGAAUCGUGCUUUAACAUCAACAAGCGAGCCGACUCCAAAAACAAGCACAUGAUCGUGCUACACACCCGCGGAGAGAGCUUCGCCGUGGCCGCGGACACUGAGGAGUUGCAGAACGAGUGGUAUCAGGCCAUGCUGGACCUGCAGUGCAGAAGUAAGACCCCAGAAGACUAUGGCAGUGGAGGAGAAUGUGGACUGCUAUCCCCUGGCCCUAUUUUUAAGGAGGUAUGGCAGGUGAAGCUAUGGCCCAAGGGCCUAGGGCAAGCAAGGAACCUGAUCGGCAUCUACAGACUCUGCCUUACUGAUAAUACGGUCAACUUUGUUAAGCUCAACUCGGAUACACCUGCUGUAGUGCUCCAACUGAUGAAUGUGCGCCGCUGUGGCCAUUCAGAGAACUUUUUCUUCAUCGAAGUGGGCCGUUCAGCCAUGACAGGACCUGGAGAAUUUUGGAUGCAAGUGGAGGAUUCUGUAGUUGCACAGAACAUGCAUGAGACUCUUCUAGAAGCUAUGAAAGCCCUGAGUGAAGAAUUCCGUCAACGGAGCAAAACCCAGGCAGUGGGUACUUCCUGCGGAGGCGGCACAGCCUCAAAUCCUAUUAGCGUGCCAUCACGACGCCACCAUCCAAAUCUGCCACCUUCCCAGGUAGGCUUCUCCAGACGGGCUAGGACAGAGACUCCUGGUGUGCCUCACAGCACCAACACAUCUCCAACAUCUCGACAUGGCUUCUCCCGGUCACGCACAGCUAGUAUUGGCGCACGGACAGAGGAUAGCAGUGGCAGAAUGACUGCUCUCAGCACCAGUCCAAGCCUCAAUGGCUCCUCUUGCUCCACCACCCCUACGCUACGACCCAAACCCACGAGAGCGCCUACCCCGGCCAAGAUCACACUUAGUUUGGCGCCAUACACCCCUAAGAACCCAGCACCUUCCCCAGCCCCUAGUCUCUCCUCUAGCUCCGGGCAUGGAUCCGAGUGUGGACUGAGUGGAGCUCCAUUAGGGACAGUGCCCAUCUGCACCUAUGCUCGGAUCCCACAGAGAGUGUCCAUGUCAGGCUCCCCGAGUGACUAUGGCUCCUCUGAUGAGUAUGGAUCUAGCCCUGGUGAGCACUCCCUUCUUGCUGCAGGUCUCUCUACUGCAUUAGUAGAUGGCUCUACUAGCUGCAUAUUAGUGGGUCACAGAGACACCGCUCACAAGAGAAUGCAUGGGCGCAGGAUUCUUCGACGCUCCUCUAGCAGGGAGUAUGAAGCUGAGCGUAGGUUACAUAGCAAGCGCACUUCUCUUCCACCUUCCACUGCUCGGGAGCGUAUAGUGCCUCAUUGCAGGGAAGAAGAAGAUGAAGAAGAUGAAGACUACGCAGUGAUGUCUCGCAGCACCAGCAGAGAAUCAUUCACCUCACGUCGAGGCUCAGGAAGCUCAGUAACUCCAAGUGGGCAGGUGGAAACUUCAGCAAAUAAAGGUGUCAAUACAAAGGAGAGUCUGGAGAACACAUCGAUUGACAGUGGUUACAUGUCUAUGCUGCCAGGUGUUACAGCUCCUGCAAGUCUGUCUCUUUCAGUGUCUGAAACAGAACCAAAGGGAGGGGAUGAGUACAUGACUAUGACCCCCAACAGCAGUGUUUCACCCCCACAGAACAUCCGGCUUCCUGUCUCUGAGGGCUACAUGAUGAUGUCCCCCCACAGCAGCUGUUCACCAGAUCUACAUGGAAUGAGUGGGUGCUUGUGGGGUAGCAGGAGCAGCAUGGAGAGUCGAGCAGGUAGUGACUACAUGAACAUGUCACCCAUUAGUGCCAGGUCAGCCUGCAGCACACCACCUUCACACCCAGAACAACAUCCACUACAGCCCAAAACUGUGUACUCCUACUUUUCCCUGCCACGGUCGUAUAAACAUACCACCCUCUCUACUCGCUUUCAGGAUAAUUUGGGAGAGGGAAGGAGGCCAGAGGCGAUUUCUAGGGGUGAAGGUGUUUCUGGAAGGAGGACUGGACGGGGUGGUUAUCCCAGUAGUGCUGACUCUGCUGCUGGCCCCAAUGGAGGUGGAAACCUUUCCCUGUCCUCCUCAUCAUUCUCUUCCAGUUCAGCAAGCACUGAGAGUUUGGAGGACAAACCUCUAUCCCUGCCUGCUGGUGGAAUUGGGAAGUCCACCAGGUCAAGCACAGGACACAGGGUAGGGGGUGUUCACCCCAGAGAUUCAGCCCACCAUUUUCACCAGCAGAGACGAGGGCCAGGUGUCCAGAAACAGGGUCAUCCACAGCAACGAAAAGGCAGACCCUUUAGUCUCUAUGUGGACAUGUCCAAAGCCAACACCCUACCUAGAGUCAAAGAAAAUGUACAGCCAUUAGUACCCCAAAGCUCUGGUGAAUAUGUUAGCAUUGUUUAUCAGGGUGAUCAGGGAAAGUGCAGUAGAGGGGUAGCAGGUUUAGAUCAGGGGAGCACUGUGGUUGAAGGGCAUUCAGGAGCCUUAUACCAACCGUCUUCAUGCCAAACUGGUGGUACCAAUCUGCCCCGCAGUUUCUCAGCACCCCUCUCGACUUCCAUCUCUGUGUCCUCAGAGUAUGUUAACAUGGAUUUGGGUCAUUCAUCAUCUCCUCUGUCCUGCACAUCUCUCUCUUCUUUCAAUCCCACCCCAGCAGUAGCUCCAAAAGCAAGAGAGAAUCCCACGAGGGCACCUCAAGUGGCACAGGAAGGUGAAAAGGCACACAGAAAGAGUGGUAUGUCCACCUUGCCGUCUGGGGAUAUGACUGGUGCCCCUUUCACAGGCAACACAGAAAUGGCAUUUGGAUUGGCUAUAGUAGAAAACCCCUUGCAUGGUCCUAAACCUGGGCAAACAGCUGAGCCAUCUUCUAUUGAGCAGGAACAAAGCAUGGAUUUCCACUCACCCAAGGUAUUCCCCAAGUUAGACCAAGGUGCCAGACUGGUCAGAGCGGAAUCAUCAGCAAGACGGAGACAUCGCUCAGACACCUUCAAGGCACCUCCAGCACUCUCUCCCUCUUCCUCCUCCUCUAUUUUUGUGGAAGCUCCCCAGGCCACUACAACUCGAUGCCAUGGGCUAGAGAGUUCCCUUUGGGCUACUGGGCAGCCAUCUGGUCCUGGGAUGGCAGCUCUAACUACAGCCCAGGCUUCAUCUUUGUUACUAGAGCAAGGUCUAAAUUACAUUGACCUUGACUUGGCUAGUAAGGACAACCCUCAAAUGAGCCUGGAUGGAUCUUCUGGGCCCCACUUCACUGUCCUGGGAGAAGGGUUAACAGUGGGAUUAGGUGGAACAGCAGCCGGGGGAAGCAGCAACUCCAGCAUCAACACAUAUGCCAGCAUUGACUUUUUCAAGUCAGAGGAACUAAGAGUCCACCAAAAUAACAGGAAAGACAGCAAAGAGUGCUGAUCGUCCUGCUUGGUGAAGAGGAACAGAUGUGUGUGUGUGUGUGUGCGUGUGCGUUAGAGAGCGAAUGCGUGGGUGUGUUGUAUGCGUCUCCGUGUGUGUGAGUUCUGCAGGUGUGGACGCUCACCUUGUAAAAAAUCUUUUGUUUCCAUCGGUUACAAUCGGAACAAAAUUUUGCCAAAAGACUAUUGGUCAUGACAAACCAUGAACACUAAGACGGACAUCUCCUUCAGCCAAUCGGGAAGGAUUAAAGCAACUCUGACUGCCAACCAGGAGCCAAUGAUAUUCCUUCCUGUUUUUUUUCUCUCCCCCCCCCCCUCUUCAUUAUGAAAAUUUCAAAAAUAAUUGUAAUACAGAUGCUACAUAGUCUAACGAUAGAUGAGAAACGUAUAUAAUCUACUCUACAUAGUAUUACCGAGAGAAGUAUAUAUGAACUUUUUUUAUUUAAGAAAAAAAGAAAAAAAGUGCCUCAUUUUUGAUUGUAGCCAUUUUUACACAGGUCCUGAUGUUCUCUGUGAGAGGAAAGAGCUUUCUGUUUAUUGUCGCGCUCAUCGUCUGUCAGUUUGUGUUCCCUUUUCCUGAGAGUGAGAGAGCGAAACCGAGCGAGAGAGAGAAAUAGAAGAGAGACCGAGAAAGGGAUUGAGAGAGAGUUCCGUCGAAUAUAGUUUGUAUCUGAUUGCCUUACUGUGUGUGUCAGAUGUGUAUGUGUAUAUGUGUGUGUGUGCGUGUGUUUGCAUCAUCUAUGCUGUGCCAUGCUGUGCCUCUAUACUCAACCCAACAAUGGUGAAACAUACAUGAACACAUGCUGACGUUAACACAUAUUCACACACACACACACAAACAAACACACACAACCAUAAACCAAGACCUCAAACUGUAUUAAACUGCAGUAUAAUUCAUAAACACUGGUGAACACGUACAUUUAUCCUCAAUAGCUGCUCUUCUGCUCCUUUGAGCAUGGAGGCAUCAGCUGACCGGCUCAGAAAUCCUGAGUGACUGAAAAAGAGAUUACAGUGUGUGUGUGUGUGUGUGUGUGUGUGUGUGUGUGCAAUUGUAGUCUCCAUUUAUAUUUAUUUUUAGUUAUAUAGCCAGGGUAAUUACGUUGUAUUAAGCUGCGACAGCUUCGAUUUUAUCGCUUUUACACCUCACACACAGACUCACUUGCGAGUCGCCGCAUCUACAUGCAGUUCUCAACUGACACAUUCAAGUGCCUCCUCAAUUCAGCUACAGUUAAAGGAAAACUCCACCCUGAAACACAUUCGAUAUAUUUUUAUUCAAAUAUUCGUGAAUCCGGUGCUCGUCUGUUGCUUGGCGUUCUAUUUUGAUCACGACUGCGAGAAGCCCGCAGUUGUGUACCACGCUGAUGUCACAGGGGUACGCUGGUAUUUCUAGCGCAGUUACAAUGCCAUUUCAUUUUUUUCUUGAAAUCCAAAGAUCUCAAACGUAAGCGAUCAUGGUCAGGUUUCACUGUUCGCUCCUAAAAACGAAAUUUAAAGCAUCAAUUUAACGAGAAAUCCAGCAUCGUAAUGGUGGAGAUGUGGGCGCUAACGUUGUCCUCAAAGUCCUAGAAUGCACGCUAUACAAGACUCCGCUCUGAUCUACGAGACGAUGAGUGUGAUGGCGGUGAAGCUUUGGAUGUUGAAAUGUUUGAGCAGAUGAGGAGGUGAGAAGACUGGACAGACUAAAGGACUAAAGCACCGCCGCAUUCGCUCUCUUUGAGUAGAGAUGAAACGAAGGCUAAAGCCCCAUGCGCCACUGGGGGGGAAAUUAUUUACCGAAAUGAAACAAUGUGACCACCAAUGACCGAAUGAAAAAACUUCAAAUCAACAGUAUUAUUACAAAAUAUAUCUUGGGUGCCAUUGAAGAUCACACGUUUAUUAUAAAGAUUAAUAUGCAAGCCAUUCAGGGUGGAGUUUUCCUUUAAGAUCACACCAGUCUGACUAACAUAUGCUACAGUAGAGAGAAUUACACAAACUCACAUCAGCUACAAUCAGACGUCCGAAUACAAUAUUUUUUACGCUCGACAGUAUGCAACAGCAGGACUGUGGUCUUACAAGUAUUCUCCCAUACACAAUUUUAUACACCACAGUUUUUACACACUCCGAUCCGCCGCACAUCGCCAUUCUUUCGGCUAGACUAACUGUGUUUUAAUGUUCAUUCUAAAGUGUCUAAGGGUGAGGGUUUCCGCCGGAGCGCUUUAAAAUCUGGACAGGGUCUUUUUACAAUAAAGAGAUAGCGGUGCCUCUCUAAAACACCACUCAGUCCACUUUUCCUGGAAAAAAAAAAAAAUCUUUUCUAUCAUGGUCACAAAUUUUCUUAAUAAAUCCUUUUUUGUUGUUUUUUUUGUUUUGUUUUUUGUUUUGUUUUAUUUUUUAAAAAAAUAAAAGAUUUUAGAUAUUUAGAUCGGACCGCUUGUUUCGACCUACUAAAUUUCGACUUGCACUUUUCUAAUCAACCUUUUAUUUCAGUUUUGGUGAAAAGCUAGCUGCGAUAUCAGUGCCAAGAUUCUCUGUAGUAUUCAUGCAUCAAACGAGCCGAACAUUUCUGCUUUGAUUAUAAAAAAUUUUAUAUAAAAUUUCUUAGAAGUACAUGAAAACUUGUUCAAGUCAACUUGGAGCAAUUCUAAUGUUUGUGAGAGUCGGAAGUGGAGCUAUGCACGCUUCUACACAAGAAACUGGAAGGUUUUGAGUUCAGAUCCCUUAAUCAACCCUUACAGGAAAAACAAAAUCACAUGAAGUUCACGUGAUCAGUCACCAUAAGUCACGUGAAAAUGACACGAGAUAUUUCACAUUAUUUUUCACAUGUAAUGCACGUUGUUUUCAUUUUCACAUCAGAUUCAUUCAUUUUCACGGGAUUUUUAUUUUUUUUUUACACACGCGUCGUUUCUUUUUAUAUUAUUCAUUUAUUUCGAUGUGAGUUUUUCCACGUGUUCAUGAAUUUUUCAGACGUAAUUAAUUUAUUUUUCUUGUAUUGUUGUUGCUUGUCAUUCUUGCACAUUUCAGAUGAAAUUUCAUUUUCUCAGAUGUAAAAUUCUUUGUGUGAUCAUGUGAUCAUAUUGUUCACACCAUGUUUAGUUGGGUUGUGCAAUUUCAGGACGUAACAUGCACCUUGAAAUGCACCUUCACAUGUUAUUUUUUUUUUUCUUCUCCUCACACAUUUAUAUGUGGUAAAAACUUAUCAGUACAUGUGGAAUGUGUGUGAUUUUUCUGUAAAGGAACCGAGGGAACUCUUUAACCCGCAAAAGCUCUAUUAUUGGAUUAUUUAAAAUAGUUUGCCAAAUAAAUACAUGUACUGUAUUGACUCUGAUACAAGGUUAUGUUGAUUACAAGUUGAUGCCAACUAUAAAAAAGUUUCUGUACAUUUAAUUGGUUAUACUUUUUUUUUUUAUCAGAAAGACCCAUUCUGCCAUGAAAUUUAUCCAACAUAUAUAUCUGAGCUACAGUAUAAAGUACCUUCUUCCUUCUACCACAGAUUAGCAACAAGGCCAGGUGGUGCUGCUACAUGUACACAUAGGGUCAUGUCUUAAAGACCUCUUUUGACCCUCCUUUGACCCUUUUUUCUCCCCUAUAGCCUACAUAAGCCUGCUUAAAUCUAUCACAGGAGCUGGCCGGUGAAACAAAUAGAGCAUCUCGAACGUAAACGAGUGUGUAUGUGGUGUUUGUGUAUGUGAGGCCAUGUCUGUCUUUCUUGUACUCUUUGCUCUUGCGCUGAUAUGUGCGUGACCACUGUCUGAUUUGUUUAAUCUCUCUUUUAUUGCCUUAUUGUCUGUAUUUAGCUCUUACACAAACCAUGGCAGCUGUAAAAAAAAAAAAAAAAAAAAAAAAAAGAAAAGAAAAAAAAAAGCUUUGCAUCCUAGAGCAGGUGGAAUUCAGUUCUGUACUUUAGAACAUUUUUCCAAAUUCUGGCCGAGUCUUCGCUCUAGAACAGCUGAGAUUUUCUUUGGGUCUGAAGAUCCUUUAGUCCGGUUGUAUGUAGAAAUUUUGCGUGUCUCUGGCCUUUGGUCUGUGAAGCAAAAAAAAAAAAUAAAUAAACAUGGUUGAGUGUGAUGUAGAAAUAUGGCCAAGGCCGAUGUAUACUCGAGAAAAAAAAAGGACAUGAUGAUCAUAAUAAUAAUAAUAAUAAUAAUAAUAAUAAUAAUAAUAAUUUUAAAUUAAAAGCAAAAGAAAGAAAGCCAUGGCUUUCCCAAAGUACCUGCCAUUUGUUGGGAAAAAAAGGGUUUGAUAUGUACAAUCAGGGUACUGUUUAUUGAGAUUUAUCCUAUUCAUGUAUAUCUGGUACUAUUGAAGAAUCCAAUGACAAUGAUGUAUAAAGAAGACUAAA